CGCUGUCCACCGCCCUUCCCGCACAUGCGCGGCCCCGCCCUCGCCACCUUCCGGCAAAACAGGCGGGCGGGGCAGUGUCGCGGUUUCCGCUCCGACUCCCGUUCGCGGCAGCCCCGAGCACCGGGGCGGGGGCCUGUCCUGCCCGGGAGAGGGUUCCCCCGGUGCUUGCGCCGCUUCAGCCGCGCGUCCUGAGGCGGCCGCAGCCGCUCCGCGCGCCCCGGGACGCAGGCACGGCCCUGCCUUGCGGCCGCCGCGCCCCGUGCUGCCCCUCCCGGGCUCGCGCCGGGCUCCGUACGCCUUUCACGCGACUCGCGGGCGCUCUCCACCUGUUCCCCGUCCUCCCGCAGUCACCGGCGGCCCCGCUCCGCUCACCGCCCCGCCGGCGGGUUCCCCGGCCCCGCCGCCCCGCCCUCGGGGCGCUCCCCCGCCCCGGGCCCCGCCGUGACCCGCGGCUGCUUCCCCCUCCCGCCCACACGUCCCCGGCGGGGCGGAGCCGUCGCUCCUAUGAUGGCGUCUCGGGCGCUGUUGGCGAAGGCUCAGCCGCUGCAGUGCCAAUAGAGAGCGAAGGCGCCGGGCGGCCGGCGGGCCGGCCAUGGAGAGCCUGGCGCAGCCCCCGCCGCCUCCGGGCUCGCUGAAGAGGGGCGGCGGGGGCGCUGCCAGCCAGCUCCUCCUGGAAGAGGCGGCGGCGGGCGAGGGCGGCUGCAGGGACGGGCCCGCGGCGGCUGAGGAGGGCGGCGGGCGGCGCAGCCCUUCCCCUCAGCCGGCUCCCGCCACGGCACCUCGGACGGCGUCUCCCUCACGAGCCGCGGAGGACAGCCCACCGGCGGCGGACGGCGCGGGACUGGCGGUGCCGGAGAGCCCCGAAGCGGCGCCUGCCUCCGAGAGCGGUCCCGCGGGGGCCGGCUCCGGGAGUAGCGGGGCUCCCAGCCCCCCGGGGGAGGAGUCCCGGAGCCUGGACUCGCUGGAGUCCUUCUCCAACCUGCACUCCUGCUGCCCAAGCAGCUCCGAGCUCAACAGCGACGCCGAGGAGGCGGUGGUGGCGGGGGCCGCCUUGGGGGGCCCGGCCCCGGAGCCCGCAGGGGACAGGCCCGCGGGGGGUUCGCAGCUCCUCUCCGCCUCCAAGGAGCGCUUCCCGGGCCAGUCGGUCUAUCACAUCAAGUGGGUCCGCUGGAAGGAGGAGAACACGCCCGUCAUCACGCAGAACGAGAACGGCCCCUGCCCGUUGCUGGCCAUCAUGAACGUGCUGCUCCUGGCCUGGAAGAUUAAGCUGCCACCAAUGAUGGAAAUCAUAACAGCCGAACAGCUGAUGGAAUACUUAGGAGACUACAUUCUUGAUGCCAAGCCUAAAGAGAUAUCUGAAAUUCAGCGUCUAAAUUAUGAGCAGAAUAUGAGUGACGCAAUGGCAAUUCUGCAUAAGUUACAGACUGGUCUGGAUGUCAAUGUGAAGUUUACAGGUGUACGAGUGUUUGAAUACACGCCUGAAUGCAUAGUGUUUGAUCUUCUUGAUAUCCCCUUGUACCAUGGAUGGUUAGUGGACCCUCAGGUUGCUGACAUAGUAAAAGCAGUUGGUAACUGCAGUUACAAUCAGCUAGUGGAGAAGAUAAUUUCUUGUAAACAGUCAGACAACAGUGAACUCGUUAGUGAAGGAUUUGUAGCUGAGCAAUUUCUAAAUAACACAGCUACACAGUUGACAUACCAUGGACUGUGUGAAUUGACUUCAGCUGUCCAGGAAGGAGAACUUUGUGUGUUCUUCAGGAACAACCAUUUUAGCACCAUGACCAAAUACAAGGGUCAGCUUUACCUGCUGGUGACAGACCAGGGCUUUCUUACAGAAGAGAAAGUCGUUUGGGAAAGCUUACACAAUGUGGAUGGUGACGGAAAUUUCUGUGAUUCUGAAUUCCACCUACGGCCUCCGUCAGACCCUGAAACUGUCUACAGGGGGCAGCAGGAUCAAAUAGAUCAAGAUUAUCUGAUGGCAUUGUCUCUACAACAAGAGCAGCAAAAUCAAGAUAUUAACUGGGAACAGAUCCCUGAAGGAAUCAGCGAUCUAGAGCUGGCGAAGAAGCUCCAGGAAGAGGAGGACAGAAGAGCUUCUCAGUACUAUCAGGAACAAGAACAAGCAGCUGCUCAGGUCCAGCAGGUGCAAGGUGCUGCCUCUCCUGCAAGUGGAAGACAAUCUGGGAGUAACGAACGCAAACGUAAAGAGCCUCGAGAGAAAGAGAGAGAAAAGGAGAAGAAUAGCUGUGUUCUCUUGUAAUAGAAAAUGGAUUUACUCUGGAGCCAAGUGCAUGUCCUCAGAAGCAAAAACAAGGAAUACAAAGGAAGACAAACCUGUUACAUGCCGCCUGUGCCUGAUUACCCCAUGGAUUUUAUUCACGUUUCAAGAGAGGAUGGAUGACUUUGUUACAAUCAUACAGACUUCUUUCAAAGUCAUAGUGCGUGCUGCUCAAGAUGGAAUUCCAAAUCACAGUUGGAUGCGCUGUGCUUUGAGUUAGUCAUAAGAAAUACUGCACCUUGUAGCUGAACACACAAAUCAUGGCAAGUUUUGUGUCAUAGUGACAUCCAUUACUCGUUACAUCAGUUAGUAAGCUAUUUUAUCUUCUACUUUAAACAAAGGAGGCAAUUGGUUUUGUGUAAGGCUUUUUCCUGAAGUCUGUACACUAGCACAACGGAAUUCUGUCUUACUUACAUGGUAUGUAACUAUAUCUUAGGCUGGGUAUAGUCUUCAUGACAUGAGAGCCCAAAUAACAGCUGGGCACUGCCUCCUCAAAGUGUCCAGAUUUCUUUGCUUCUGGAUCUGGUAUGUUCACUUUUUUUUGAACCCAGGUUUAUACUGUGUUACUGCGAUCAUUGCACCUCCUGGCCAGCUCUCUUGCCCCAAGAAAUGUGACUUGAUAGGCAUCAUCCAAAAAGUUAUUGAAAAUGGGGCAUUUAUUAAUAGCAAGAUGAAUAUUGUCUGCUUUUUUGCGAUUACAAACUGGGCAUGGCAACUCAGAUGUUAUCAGGGUUAAACAAGUAAUUUUAUAGGUAACUUUUUCUUUUAGUAUUUUUUCUCUUGUAGGUAAACUGGACCAGAUAACUUCUUAUUUAUUGACCUCUCCGUAUGACAGGUGAAUGAUGAGAGGAAAUUAAGGUCUAUAAUAACUGUUAUGCUAUGUCAGAAUGCGGAGUUAAAAUAACUAUCUGCCUUUUUUCCAGAAGUACCUUGAACUUUAACAUGACUUUAAUAAGUCCACUUGUAUAUUUAAGCAAGUGUACUGUAGUUAAAAAACACACUGUUUGUUUUAUAAAUCAUGUAUCCUUAAAAAGCACACUUCUGAAGGGUGAGAGAGAAGCUAGGCUGCUCUCUGAGGUUGUUUGGAAAGGUGGUCAGGUGUAACAUUUUGGUUUUUAAAUCACUAACUUAGAUUUUUUGGAAAACAGACUUUUCUAAUUUAUGGGAACCAAAUAAACACGUUGCGUCUUGUAGUAUUUAUAGAAUACAGAAACAGAAUACUUGCUGAAUUUUGAGGGAACCACAAAUCUUCCUCCACUUCCAUUACCCCAAUAACAAUUACCUUCUUGUUGAACCUUUUUGAUAAAAAUUUCUAUCUAGCAAUUUGUAGAUACUUUUCAAAAAGGCUGCUUUCAAAAAGCUCCUGGACACAUGACGUAUUCACGCUGUACGCCUGGGUAAGUGCAUUAGUAUACAGUAACCUGGGAAGCCUAGGGCAGCCAGGUGGAAUACGACAUUCCUGGUUUCAGGUGUUUGGAGAAUGUCAGUAAGAGAGGGUAGCUCAACACAGGUCCACUGCUAAAAAGCUGCUUUCAAGUUAUUUCAAGCAGACUUGCUGCAGUGAUGGGAGCCAGUCAUCACAUAAAGCUGUUACAAGCCUAGGAUGAAGUUUAGGUGGAUAAAGGAAGAAUGUCUUAUUAAGUAAAGGGCCAGUUUGUAUCACUUUUUUCUUUCAUGCCUUUUUCUCCCUUUUUUUUUUUUUUCCCACUUUUGUUACAAUUUCCCUUUUAAAAUAAUGAAGUAAUGAAUGGUAGGAGGGCUCUAAUAUGCAGUGUAAAUUUAAAGAUUUCUCUAUUCUCUAGAAAAGUCAUGCCCAGGAAAGUAAUUUUAAUACUUAAUGUAUAAAAUUCAGAUAAUUUUCUAUGUCAAAGCAAAGGUUGCCGUCUUUUUUCCUUUGCAGCAGCCUAACUUCUUCAAACAAAUUCAUAUGAUGGAGGAUCACCAACAUAAUGACUUAUCUACAUUAAGCAGAUCAAAAAUAUUCCAAUAGUGUCAAUAACAAAGACUUUAAGCCAGAAUGUUGUUUAAAAACAUUCUGUUACUAAGAUUUUUUCCAAAUUUGUGUAUUUACAUUUAUUUAUUGACCUUGAAAAAUAAAUAUGUCAAGCUAAGUGUUCGUUAUCUUAUUAUUUUCAGUGACAGUAUUGCCACUCUAAAUUCCUUUUUGAACAGAUUUAGCUGGAGCAGGCGUUGUGACUAUUCAGUAUAUUUUUUUGCCUGAGAUACUUGCUCAUAUUAGGAGGAUUCAUGUAACAUUUCCAGCUUCAGACAGGUGUGCCUGAAACCUAAUAUGCUGUAGUUACAGUAAUAUUGUCACUUGGUCACAAAGGAAGAAGAGUUAAAUGUCAAUGCUCAUGGUGAACUCUGAACUCCCAGAUAAUUAAUUGUCUUUCAAUGGAGGACUAACAGGCCUCAGGUUAUUCGAGAUGCUAUUCAAACAUUUUCCUGUUAAUAUCCUUUUUUCUUUACAGGUUUUGAAGCUUUGGAAAAAAGGUAAAGAAUUACUGAAAUCUAGACCAUUGUUCUGCAUGAGUUGGGCUUGUUAGUGGCAAAUGUUAUAAGCAGAUGAGCCUGUUGAUAGCCAGAAGGAAAUACAUCUGGAAGCUUAAUUUAUACCCUACUAUGACUAACCAUUCCAAAAGCAACUAUCACAGUUGGUAUCUACGACACUAUCUGAGGAUCAAAAAAACCCCAAACAAAACUGAACAGAAUUGCUUUUAUCUGUAAUAGUAAGCUUGGAAAACAAUAUUACAAAAUAUUCAUGGAGUACCAGAAAGAUGAUGUCUACUUCUGACCAUUUACUUCAUUUGCCUCUUUUUUUUGAAGCUCGUGUUCUGCCGAAAGGGUACAGAUUUAUACUUUAAAUCUGUGUUUACAAUUUAGCAUGCACAUGCUUCAAAUUCUUAUAUAAUAUAUAUGAAAGUGUCCAGAAAAGUAGCGCAUAACUUGUUUUCCACUAGAUAAAAGCUAGCACAGAAAACGGAAUCACAGAAUUUUUGUUGCUGCGUUGUAGUUAUGAAAUAAAAAAGCUAAAUACAAGUAUGCCUAAAAUUAGCAAAAAAAUUGAGCACUGCCAUAGUGAUAAAUGUUUUUCUAAAAGACACUUUGUAAAUACUCAAAUAUCCCACUUUUCUUGUGACAGUCAUAUGGACUAAGACCCACCAAAGCAGAUCCAAAGUAAGACUGUAACACCAGAAGAUGAAAUUAUCAUUCCUGAAAAUUCACUUAAACAUAAUGCAAAAGAAUAUAUUUUGUAGCUAGCCAACUAGUUAAUACAAUAAAGUCCGUGUUCAGCUUGUCUUUACAGAGCUCUUGUGGAUCGAGACACACAAGCUAGAGGUGAAGCACAUGCUCUUCCGUGUACACUCGCUUGCAGUGCCAGUCAAUCUCUGCACUCAUGUGAUAUUCUGUGUUAUUGUCAAAUGCUUCUUCAAACUUGUAUACGCAAGUUCUUGAAAAAAUUUUCCAGUAUGUAAUAAAAGGAAUUUGAAUUCUUGAUACUGAAUUUUUUGGUGUAUUCAGCAGGAAAUACUUGAGUAGAAGGUAAAGCUGAUGUGUUUUAACUGAACCUUUCUUCUUUCCUGCUCCAAUAGAUGUGUAACCCAAACUGGGUCAUCACUUAGAUCAGCUUUCUUACCAUUUGGAUGCUUACCACAGCCAAUCGCUGAAGCUUAGACAAAGUACAUCCUUAAAUACAACAUACUGAAUUAAAAGCUGUAUUUAUUUUAUAUAAAAGUAGACUUUUAAAGUUUGUAGUCUUAAACAGCAGGUGACUCAGGAAAUGCAAGUUAAUUUAUGCAGCAUCCUCAUUAGAAAGCAUAUUAGAGAAAACAAAACAAUGACAAAAAACCCCCAACAAGAAAAACAAACAAACAAUCCACUCAAGCCUUAGUUUGGUUGCAAUAUAAUGCUCACUUUUUUUUCCAUCUGUGUGAUGGUAGCAAGAAAAAUGUUCAUAUAGUCCCAUGACAGCAAAUGUCACAUGCAAGAACUUGAACUUUGCCAUUUUACCUUGUGAUUCAGUGCAGUUACUUUUUAUUUUUUUAAGCAUAACACUGCCAGUUGUUUUGAGGCGGGAAAAUAUGGUGAGAUGAAUGAGAUGUCUGUGUUGUUCAUUUCCAUAGUGUUUCCAUAUAGCUACUUCUUGUUCCCAGCUUGUCCUUGUAGCUGUCCGGUAGAAAUGCAGUGUAUUUAUUGUUGUCCACUGGUCCAUUUUGGUCAUUAUGUCAGCUCUAUCACUAUGAGCUCUCUUUACAUGGAGAGUUUGCUCUAGAGAACUUGCUGAUGCCUGAAAGCUUUUUCCUGCCUUCACAGUUACUUUUCUGAUUUGUAGGAUUACUUGUGCUCACGGGGAAGCUUCACGUGUUGAAAUGAGCAUUUCCUUGUUAUUGUGAGGUUAAGAACUUUAGUUAAUUACAUUUAGAAGUCAAGAUCCCAUGUUUACCUCUACUUUGACAGCAUAGAAGGAUUUUCAGCAAAAAGUUGUUAGGUUUGGGAAAUCCAUAGGGAAAAACUGAGAUUCGUUUCAGUACUCAAAUUAAUGGAAAACUUUGCUAGCUUAGUAUGCUUGCAAAAUACUUUAUUGUGACAAUAUGAUGAAAAUAAAGGCAUCUGUUUCUCUAAAUGAGAUAAGGUACUGCAAGUGCUUUCCUUGCUGGCUGAGUGCUGCGUUUCAGGAGGCAGGUGGUGGUGUGGCCAAGGGUCUUGCUGUGGCCACGGCUGAGUGACAGACGAUUGUUUGGUACAGCCAAACACUAAGACAAAUGUAUAUAGAUCUUGAGGGUGGACAGGCACAAAACAUCAUGUUUUAUAUUUCUUUAAUUAAUCUCUUGAGAACUGUCCUUUAAAGUAAAUUUAAAUCAGCUGAGUCACGGGUACAUCCUUGGGUUUUUGCGAUCUCUUCAUUUGAGGAACUCCAACGUUACAUUAUGAAAACAGACUUCCCGCCCUUUACAUGAACUGGCCACAUCUGGUAAUUAAUACUUGCACUGAAUGUUUUUCUUAAGGCUUGCUUAUGUGGUCCAGUGGGUGAAGCUGAUGAGUUAAUGUUGAUGCCUGUAAUCCAGUAAGCACUGCUGAGCUUUCAGACACUGACAAAAUUGGUAUUUACACUUAGCUCUGAUGGUUUUAAAUACAGGAGCUGUAGAAGAGUUAAAGUAAAACUCUAAAACCUUUCUACCCUUGCCAAAACAGUCUUUUUUGCAAUGGUAAAUGAUAGAAGGUAAUAGAAAUUAUAGGAUGCUAGUGCUUUUCUAUGUUGCAUCCCAAGGAAUGCAGAGCAGGCAGUUUUCCAGGCUGGGCUGCGUGCGGCAGCGGCUGCUCCGAGGCAGUUCUGGUUUGCUGCCCAGGUCCUUUGCUGCGGAUGUCGCAGCUCAUGGAGACACGGUGUAGCUGACCUGGACAGACCCGUGCCACCUUUGCCUAGCUAAUGCCAAUAAUUGUAAUACUGAGGACAUGAUAUGGAUUUACUUCUCCGUGUAAUGUAUGAAUGCCAAGUACGUGUUGUCAUUAAAUUCAUAUUAUCAUCUAUUAUAUGCGCCAGCUAUAAUAGAGCUAGCGUGAUUCUUUCUGCUCAUGCUAUAAAUGCACAUACUUUCUGUGAAAGAAAUACAGAAAAUUAGGUGACUGCUUUCCUAAUAGACUUUGAAACUACCUUGAAAUGUUCUUUGUAAUACUAUUUUUUGCAGUUUGGGGAAAUUAAAGAAUGCACGACAGUUUCUGGAGAACUGUAAUGAUUUGAGACAAUGUUUUUCUUGUGUUCUAGUACAUAUAUAUGGAAUAUUAUAAAAAAACCCAACCACCUUAACAUUUGAUUUUAAAAGGGAAUGUUGUAUUUAGCUAUAUAUGCUGCAGUCACCUUUUAGAACUAACAAACCGCAUUAGUAGCAAACGUAUGCUGUAGAAAUUUCACUGGAAGGAUUUAAUAAAUAUCAGGAACAAAUAUUUCUAAACAAAAUAAUGUAACUUUAUUUUUACUGUGGGCUCUUGCGAAUUGCAAUAGCGAGCGGUUCAGGGCUGCCUUACAGUAAUUUGUGGUGGCUGAAUGAGUCCUAGGAUCCUUUUAAAGUUCCAGCGCCGCAUUGCAAUGCUUAACGCUUGUUCUAAAUAUUUUUCAUUAAACGUCUGUCCAGUCCACCUCCAGACUACUAGACACAGCCAUGAAGAGGAACAUUUCAGUGUAGACUUACGCAAGCCAGUUUCAUAAUUCUGCGUAGUUAAUUAGCAGUAUGUAUCAGCUUUGCAAGUACAGAGCUGGGAGAAACAACUGAAAUAAAAGCCUGCAUUUCAGCUGGAGCUUCUAAAGGGUGCAGAGGAAGCUUAUGACCAAUACUCUGAAAAAUCUGACCAAAUAAGAAAGCUUAAUUGUGCUGUUUCUACCUUUUUUUCUUUUUAGGAAAGCUAGUGUUAGAUUAUUCUGUGUAUUUUUAGAGAAAAAACAAACAAACCUCAGUUUUGAACUUCCCUGUGUCUUCAGAUUUGCUAGCUCUUCAGCAUGUCACCUCUUCUGUAUUUUAUGCUUAUUUCCAACAGAACUUUGUUUUCUCUUCAGUAUUUUGGUGUCAGGGCAUCGACUGGCCUCUUAAUUUUAGAGCUUUUGUUAUUGCAGAUUAACCACAGUCAAAAGGAGCUGGUUUCUAUUAAUUACUGGGUUUGUUUACAGAUUGAAAGUUGACAAACAGGUUCUAUGUGAGGUGAAUAAAUAACAGUAUGGGGGUUUUGUCCAAUUGCAUCCCUAGUAUACUUUACCAUUGAGUUGUAUUUAUUAUAGGAAAAAAUACUGCUGUGAAAAUAAAAUCCUCCUUUUGCUUGGGAAAGUAUAGCAGCUGGUCACCUUCAAGGCUGCAGUUGGAUGCAGUGAACCAAUAAAUCUGCUCGUGAGUUUUUAAACUACUUAAAAUUCAGCAUUUGCAUUUUUUAUCAUGAAGAGUUGCCAUAAUUACGUUUGCAUUUCAUAUACUCGGUUUAGAGCAGUAUGCUUGCACUUCUGGAUUUCUUACAUGCUUUCUCUUUCAGGCUGGCAAGCAAAAGUAAAGUGACCAUAGGUACAAUGAUUUCAAGAGACAACUCUGUUAUAGCAAGUGUUUUUUCACCAGUAUCUUGGUAACUCUUGAAAUGCCGAGUGCUGUUAGAUUGCGUUGGGGAGUGCGACGGGUGACCCGCUGACAGCACAGACACCCCCAGCUCAGCAGGACUCCGUGCUUGCCAGAAGCCAGCAGGGAGAACUUGCCCAGGUGGCUGUCGGAUUGUACUGGACAAUGAUGCCACUUGUGAACGGCUUCCUCCCCUGCGUUUUUGCGGUGUAUAAUCACUGCUGCCAGUUCCAGUCUCGAAAAAUUUGCUAGUGGUACUAAAACUAUAGUAUAGUAUCAAGUAUUUUGUGGUGUCCCACAGAAAUAAAUUCUAAAUCUGUUGCUAUUUGCACAGUACUAAUUCUUGCAUAAGAAGUCACAGAAUGUUAAUACGUUACUGCUACUUUCUUUGUAAGGGGGUGAAAAAUACUGUUAUCAGUUCCCCACAAUAACCUGGUAGAGCUUUAAUGUUAAAUGACAGAGUUCUGGUUUAUCUUUCGUAUUACAGCUUUCAGGGAAAGUUCUGUCAAAGUUUUCACAUGUAAUUUUUGAUUAUCCUUUUAUGUGGUGAAUAGAUGCAUAGCUGUGAUUGCACAACUUUUUAUAAUCACCUUUUACAUAUACAUGUAAGCUUAUUCAAGAAACUACCACUGAAACUGAUGAAACAUACAGAAAUGAAUCCUACAGAAGUUGCCAUUAAUUCUCCAGUGUUAUGUUCAAUAUUUGUUACCACAUUAACUGUGUUGACUGAGUCUUUUUACAAUGAAAUGAUAUCUAUAUUUUAAAAAAGUAUAUAUUUUAGGGAAGUUCCAAGAGAGUUCCAGAUUAGUAACGUCUUCAAGAUGCCACGCUUAGACCCACCGGAUUUGUGCAAUUGGUGUGUUAAAUCAGUUCAGUUGUGAGGCUGUUUGUCACCUCAUGUUCACUGUCAUCUCUAAAUCUAGUUCUAAAGGGUAAUGCAAAAAUAAAAGCUAAUGCAAGCUAUGGUAGAUUUACAAGAAGUUAAAGUUUUAGCAGCUGUAUUUUAAAAGUGCAUGACAUGAUUGAAUCUAGUCAUGCAGUAUUGUUCCUACUGUUGUACGUGACUGAAAUCCUUUACAUCAUGUUACACCAUUAUCCAACGUUGUAAUGGCAUCUACACGUUCAACUACUGAAUGUUUUGCAUUUUUAAAGCCUUAAUUGUUUAUAUUGUAUUAAUGUGUUUUUAAAAGACUAUAAGGAAACAACAUUUUCCUUGUAAAUUGUUGAAAUAAUUUUGAACACUUAAAUAAUUUCCAGGUAAGUCCAGUUCUGUAUCUCAAUACCCCAUUUUGUGUGCCACGAAAGAAACACUGUUAAAUUCUGUUGUCUUUUAAAGUGUCUCCACUUAUCACCCUCUCUGUAGUUUAAGAUCUUUACCUUAUUGAGAUAUAUUUUGGUUAACAGUCUUCUGAAAUUCAGUGCAUGUAAAUAAAUUCAAGUGUGCAAACUUAAAUAAACAUGUCAUUUAGGUA